AUUACGGGGCCACUGUCGGUACUUGGGUUCCACGGUAAGAGAGGGGGGAAAAAAGGAAAACCGAGGAGGUGGGGUGGGGGGAGCUGGAGGGAUGAACACCAGGCGGUGGAGAAGGUUCUGACUGCCGUCCCUCCUUCCACUCCUCGUCGUCGCUUCCUUCUUCCGUCCCCUUUCUCCUCCUCCUCCUCCUCCUCAAUUUGUUUAAAAUCAGACCCUCUUUUCGUUAUCACAUCUCGAUUGUUGCCUGAAAUUAGUAAUCUGUUCGACGAGGAGUGCCGAUUCACGCUUCGGUGGCGGUCUGGACGCAGACGAUGCCGGCAGUGGAGGCCGCCGGUGCGAUCCAGAACGACCAUUAGCCGUUGGAUCUGGAUCUCCGUACCGCUACAUUACUUGCUUGCUUCCUUCUCUCAUUUUUUUUGAUCGUUAAAACAUCCUUCUCCGCCGUUGUUAGUUGUCGUGAUGAUUGAUUCUACGGGUAUAUAUGCAAAAAUUGGUCCCUGAGAAGGAGCCAUGUAGCGGCUUUCUUUCAUUUUUUUUAAAAAAAUUUCUUCUCUGGUCCUUUCCCCCCAAUCGCGGAUGCUAGGGUUGGGGUUUCAGAGGCCCCGGCGAUCGCCGUGGGAGCUUCUCCGAUCGGCCGCAGUUUCCUGCUUCCUCGCCCUCCUAUGCCACUUCGCCCUUGCCAUGGUUCCCCGCCUCUUCCCUUCGCUCUCCCUCCUCUCCCUGCUCCCCAUCUCAGCUUUAGUUCUGCUGGCGACUAUUUUCUUGGGUAAGUGCUGGAGGCGGCUCCUCGGGAUAGCAGCGUCCGCCCCGGCUUUUGUUCUUUUUAAUAUACUAUUUUUAUGGGGAGUUUAUAUCGCUGUAAUCCGAGGAGCUAUUCCUUCUAUACUGGAUGCCAUUCUCAAUGCUGAAUGUGCUUUACUUCUGUUUGGUUUCUACAAAAUUUUUUCUAGUGAUCCUGGAAUGGUUGCACACGACUCUUCUUGCUCAAUAGAGUCAGAGCAAAAAGGCUUUUCUGAAUUCGAUCUUCAGUAUGAGUCUCCAUUAUUUUCAAGGGUUAGGUAUUGCAAUAUCUGUAAGACAAGCAUUAGGGGAUUCGACCACCAUUGUCCUGCUUUUGGGAAUUGCAUAGGUCAGAAGAACCGCCGUCUAUUCAUUGGUCUUUUAGCUGGAUUUGUUAUCGCUGAGGCCUCCUAUACAAUGUGUUCAACUCAUUUCAUCACAAGAUCUCUAAAUACACAAAAAAUAAGAUUGGAGAACAUCAUCUCUGGCAACUUUGUGAUCGGCACAACACUGUUUUCUAUCCUCCAGGUGCUAUGGCAGGUGGUCUUCCUAGUGUGGCAUAUAUAUUGCAUCUGCUUAAAUAUCAGAACAGAAGAGUGGAUUAACUGGAGGAAAUAUCCUGAAUUCCAACUCAUUGUCCAGCCCCAACCAGGAAGUCCCACUUCGGAAACUCGAUUUACAAAUCCAUAUGAUAAGGGUUUUAUUGGCAACAUCAAAGACUUCUUUAAACCAAAGGAUUAGAUAAAAUAAAUGAUAUGUGAGGCAGAUUUAUAGAAUUAAGAGAUUUAUGUGAUGAAGGCUAGCAAAAUUAAAUGAUUGAUGCCAAUAUCCUUCUUUUUCUCGGAAAAAGUAGCUUCAUUGUCCACGCAACUUCCACUCGACAGGCUUCAUGCUUGAAUGGUCAUUAUAUUUUUCAGUGGUUAUCGGCUGUAUUAAGUGUAGUCUCGAGGUGCAAAAAUGCUCGGCUUUUAUUUUUCAAAAUGAUUUUAUCCAGUGAACGUUUGAAGGUUCAACUCUGUAGAAAGUUGCAAGAAAAAGGAAGUCUUUUGGUUCCAUUCUCAUGUUGAGAGGCCAAGGGACUCGGAAUCUAAGGCGCAGUAUCAGGCGACGAGUUGCAACAUAUUAUCAUAGGCUUCUUCUCGAUCUUUUCUUGUCAUGAAUUAAGACUUAAAUAAUAAUGUAAUAUCAGUUUCUUCAUAAAAAUCACCUGGAAUUUCCACUA